CUGCCCUGCAUUCCCCACGCUGCUCUCUUGCCACCGUCCUGAGCUCACACCCCAUUACUCACUCUGUAGUCACUCUCUCUAGCGGAGAGCAAGACUCCUCGAGCUCCGGCAAUGGCGUCGUCCAGGCUGCUGCUGGCCGUGGUCGUGGUGGCCAGCUGCGCGGUAGGGCUCUGCGGCGCGACGGACCACAUCGUGGGCGCCAACCGCGGGUGGAACCCUAACAUCAACUACACGCUCUGGUCCGGCAACCACACCUUCGUCGUCGGUGACCUCAUCUCGUUCAGGUACCAGAAGGGGACGCACAACGUGUUCGAGGUGAACCAGACGGGGUACGACAACUGCACCAUGGACGGGCUCGCCGGCAACUGGACCUCCGGCAAGGACUUCAUCCCGCUCAACGAGCGCCGCCGCUACUUCUUCAUCUGCGGCAACGGCUUCUGCCAGGCCGGCAUGAAGGUCGCCGUCACCGUCCACCCCGGCGCGCUCGUGGGCACAGAGAUGCCGAUGGUGCCGCCGGGCCCCGACUCCACUGCUUCUGCCGCCGCCGCCACCACCUCCACCUCAUUCACCGCUUCCGCCUGGCUGGCGGUCGCGGCGCUGGCCGUUGUCAUUGCUGCCGUCGCUUGAUUCGCAGGAGCUUAGUGGCUUAGUGGUGUCGCCUAGUUAAUUCGCAGGAGUUUGAUUGGGAUGUAUAUCAACUGAAACAUUGGCCUUCAUGUAAGCGAGUGUCAUUUCGAGCUGAAUGUACCAGUGAUCACUGACCACGCUAGAACCGAGUGUCAUUUCGAGCUGAAUGUACUACUGAUGUUUAGCCUCUUUUUAA